AUGGAGAGAAUAGAUUUUCACGCACACUGUGUACCUCCAGCCUAUCGCGAGUACUGUCUUGAGAAUGACUUCGCAGGAAGAGGCCAUCCCGAUGGAAUGCCAGCGAUACCCGACUGGGACGCGCUUUCUCACAUCGAAUUGAUGAAAAAGCUGAAAAUUCAAAAAUCCGUCCUCAGCAUGUCGUCACCAGGGACACACCUGACUCCAGGAAAUGACGAUGAAGCCCGCCGUCUGACCCGUCAAGUCAACGAGGAUAUGUCGAAGAUUUGCGCCGAGCACAGCGAGCACUUUCUCUUUUUCGCAUCACUCCCUUUACCAGACGUUGAAGGUUCCCUUGCCGAAAUCGACUACGCUCUCGAUCAUCUUGGCGCUGUGGGAUUUCAAAUCCUGACCAAUUCCCACGGCAUCUAUCCGGGGGAUCCGCGCUUUACCCGAGUCUUUGAUAAACUCAGCGAGAGAAACACGACCGUCUUCUUCCACCCUACUACCUGCCACAUGCAGCACCCGGAUACCGUAUCUGUGACUCGCGUAACUCCGAACCCGGGUGUACCCAGCCCCGUGAUGGAAUUCAUGUUCGACACCACCCGGUCCAUCGCGAGUCUUAUCACCUCUGGUACUCUUAGUAGAUGUCCAGGGAUUACUUUCCUAAUCUGCCACUGUGGGGCAUCAUUCCCGCCUAUUCUCGCGCGGGUUGCGGAGUUUUCGAGUUUUCUGAUCGCGGGCGCAGAGGCAAUGUCGGUGGAGGAUAUAAAGCAUUUACUGCAGACGCGAUUCUAUUUCGAUCUUGCUGGUGUCCCUUUUCCGGAUCAGAUUCAUGGAAUGUUGCGGGUUGUUGACUCGUCUAGACUUUUGUAUGGGAGUGACUAUCCCUACACGCCGGGACCUCUUGUUGAAUCUUUGGCUCGGAGGUUGGAUGAUGAUUUGCAGGAGAGUUUUGGAAUGGAGACAACACAGAGAGUACUGCUCAAAAACGCAGAGGAGUUAAUGUCUAAACUUAGACCUAGUCUUUAG